AUGUUCAAUGAUGUAUUGUCACAAGCCAGAGGACAUGAUGCUGAUUUGGGAAGGGUGGUACUAAGUCACCCUAAUUUAAACAACCCCAUUGUCGUCCCAUUACAAUCGUGGGAAAAUCUCAAUGCCGAUACAGUGAUGUCUGAGAUUACCAAGGUGCUUAACUCUAACGAAACGAUUCCUGUUGACGAACAUUUACUCGUCACUGUAGGAUCAAUAGAUUUGCCAAAGGGAGGCAGCUGGAGUGGAAAUAAAUUAGCAGUAACGUCGCUCUUUGGACCCAAUAAUUCUUUGAAAAAAAAGAAGUCUGUCUUGUACGUUGAUAAUGACAACAAUCUCUGUUUACCCAUUGCCAUAGGCCUCUGUUUUAUGAAAACCUGUAAAAAGGUAAAUGCCGAAACGUGGUCUUGUUUAACCGGAAGUGACUCGGGGGUCAGGAUGGAUCACGUGAUUCAACACAGAACCGUUCCCAAACACUAUUAUGGUAAUUUACUUAAAAAAACACGUAGAAAAUACCAAACGGAAAUGGCGAUUUGGCUUUGUAAAAAAGCAGGCGUUCCUGUAGACAGAUAUCUAGGGUUAAAUGAUAUCGAACCUUUCGAAACCUUGUUGAACGUGAGUAUCAAUGUGGUGUCGUCCCGAGUAGGAAACAAAUUUGUCCGAGUUACGAAAGAGAAUUCGGAACAAACACGUCUUUAUUUGUAUCACGUGGAAACGGAAAACGAGAAACAUUGGCAUGGUAUUGGGAGCAUACAGGGGUUCUUCAAUGCUGCUUAUUUUUGCCAUACGUGUUUGAAACCUUACAAAAACAAAUAUGCACAUACUUGUGCGACGUCCUGCGACGUGUGUCUGUACGAUAACUGUCCCGAGUCGGAAAUGCAGGUUGGAUGUCCAUCUUGCGGUCGUGUAUGUCGUUCACUCGCCUGCUUUGAAAGACACAAAAUCGGUAAAAUGGUGCGCAAAGACAAGAUACCCCCUGCAUGUGAAUUGUGGCAUCAGUGUAAGAAAUGUCGCGUUAAACUGUCAACUGCUAAACGCAACCCUAAGCUACACGUCUGUGGCGAGUGGCAGUGUUCCAGUUGUUCCGAAUAUCACGUAGGGACACACCUUUGUUAUCAAAAAGCAUACCAAUCGGAUCCGGAAAAAGCGGAAAAGAAGUUCAUCUUUUAUGAUUUUGAGACGCGCCAGGACGACAUUUUUCAUUGCGAUCAAGGGUAUACCCCCUCUUGUAUCAGAUGUCGAGAAUGUGCCAAGAAGGAACAACAGUGUGCAAACUGUAGACUAUGUCAAAAUUGCCAGGAUCCGUCUUGCGGACUGCAUCAACAUAAAGUAAAUUUUGCAGUCUUACAGACCUCUUGUAAUGCAUGUGAAAAAAACGAAUUAAACAAAGAUUCUACAUGUAGCGAGUGUGGUGUACGCUGUGUCAGGUGCUCUCAAAUGAAAAAAUCAAAAUUCAUUCGUUCUCCUUGUCCAGAUACUUGUGGUCACCGGGAACUGAUCUUUCGUGGUGAAGACGCCGCACAGCGAUUUUGUGCCUACGUGACUCAACCACACGUCAAAAACACGAUUUUAAUCGCCCAUAACGCCAAAAGUUUUGACUUGUAUCCCAUUUUAGAGGUUCUCAUUGACCGACAUUCGAUUAGACCAGAUAAAAUCAUUUACAACGGAUCCAAAGUAAUGUACAUGCACAUCGCAAACAAACUGAAUCUCACAUUUUUAGAUUCGUUGAAUUUCCUUCCCAUGAAAUUAGCAAAGAUCCCAGAAGCUUUUGGUUUAGAAGAACUCAGCAAGGGAUUCUUUCCUCAUUUUUUUAAUACGAGAGAACAUCAGACUUACGUGGGUCCCUAUCCGGCUCUAGAAUUCUACGGAUACAAUUUCAUGUCAUCGGGAGAGAGAAAGAAAUUGGUCACGUGGCAUGCAAGUAAGAGUUCUGAAGUAUUUAACUUUCAAGAAGAGAUGUUGAAGUACUGUCGCUCGGACGGGGUUGCAUAG